CGUAAAUGUUGAAACAUCCUGAGGAUUUCUUUUUUCUUUAGGGGUGGUCUGAUCUGUGCUGGCCUGGUUGAUUGACAGCCAUGACUCUCUUAUUACUCUUUUAUUAGGUCUGAUGGACUCCAACAGUGAAGACAGAGAGCAUCCAAACAUUGGGCACACCUCACAACAUGAACAGGCCUUGUUUAGAGUGAGAUAUUCUCAUCAGAGAAAUGCAAAUAAGGUGAAUCAUGAUAAAAAUGAGAUGCUUCCCAAAAAGAGGGCUCCGGCAGGUCGGUCUGGAAACACCCCCAGUAGAUUCAAGCGAGUAGUGUCGUGUAAGAGGAAGAACCAUUAUCUGACAAUGGCUCGGAGGAAACAGUUUGGUCCUGGGAGAACGUGCAACACGACUAACAAGGAGAACGAGAGGAUGCCUGUGAAGGAUGCACAACAGGAGCUUUACAAUGUGGACAUUUGGGAUUUCCCACCAAAUGUCAAUAACGAGAUGUCUGGUGGAACUGAUCCCGAACAAACAGAAUGCUUCUUACUCGCUGAGCUCGCUAAGGAUCACAGGCUAAUGACCGACGUGCUCUUUGGACGACAUCUGAGACUGAAAGUGGCUUUAACAUUGUGGAAGAGAAAUGUUGGCGAACUGUUGACGUACUUCCUGAGAAUCCAAGACAUUGGAGUCCUUGUUGACUUUCUCCCAAUGAUAACCAAGAGCAUUGAUGAGGACUCCUCCAGCGUUACGAUUGGGUGCUGUGUUGACCUCUUCCCAUUAGUUAAAGAAGUCCUCACCUGGCCAUAUGAAGAGUAUCUUGUAGCUGGUCUACGGUGGAUACAAUCAGUUUUGAGAAAUUGGCGUGAGGAACUUCAAGCAAGCAGACACACUGGGUUGACUAAUAAUCUGUCAGAUCGGAAUUUCACAGUGUUCAGUCAGCAGCUGCUGGAGUUAUGGUACCGGGAACCUUUUUUGAAGAGCGUUCCAGGAACUGCAGGGGAGAUUGCAAAGGACAUUGAUUCUUUCCUGUCACGACUCACCUGACGACACUGAGGAACCAGAUAAUGGAUCCGUUUCUGACAGUGGCCUCUUAAAGAACAUUUUGAAUGUCCAACUCUUAAACAAGUGCUGCUGCCAUUUCCACAAGAAAUAGAAUCCUUCCUGAAAUGAUGUCUGUAGCAAUUCGCUUACAUUUAAAUCAUGACGAUGUGCAAUAUAAUUUGGUAGUUGUAAAUAUGUAGUUCAUGUUCCUGUUUGUGAUAUAUGCUCUUAUUGAAUGAUGGAUAAAUGGACCUCCACUGGU